AUGCAAGACGACAUGGACGGUAGCCAUUCGGAUGAUUCCGGUGGUGAACAACUGCUGAAGGUUGGAACUCCGCUACGAGAACAAGACCGCUUCCUUCCCAUUGCAAACAUUACCAAAAUCAUGAAGAAAUCCGUUCCAUCCAAUGGGAAAAUUGCCAAAGAAGCACGCGAAUGUAUCCAGGAAUGUGUAUCCGAGUUUAUAUCGUUCAUUACAUCCGAGGCGAGCGAUCGGUGCCACAUGGAAAAGCGAAAAACCAUUAACGGAGAGGACAUUCUUUGUGCCAUGUAUGCGCUAGGUUUUGAAAACUAUAUUGAGCCGCUGAAGCUUUACCUGAGCAAGUACAAGGAAAACAUGAUAUCCGAGCGUCAGCAUUCGGAUGAAUCCCACGAUCCUAUGCAAGCGGGAGAGUCUAGUCGGCAAGGAUCGGAUUCUUCAUCAGCUCAAGUACUUCCGAAUGUCAUUGGCGAUACGGAGGUCAUUUACCAGUCUGAUGGUAACUCGCUUUACUUCAAGGACGAACCGUAUGAGCAGAUGUGA